UGAAUGAAACAUUAGUUAAGUUUUUUUUUUUUUUCAAAAUACAAGAAUAAUAUUUCAAUAGGUCUUGGUAUUUUUCUGAUUAUUCAAUUUUUUAAUUUAGCUUUCACAUCAACUCCUUCUGUUGGGAACAUUUUUGAUUCUACUAUGUAAUUUGAUGCAUAAUUACAAGUAUAUGGAUAGCAAUAAGUUUUCUAAAAUGUUUUUAUCUCAUUUAAUAACCCUUUUUUUAUCCCCACGUAGCGAUACUUACCUGCCCACCACCGCUCACCACCGGCGACAUAUGAAGUCUUCUACUUAUGAUAGCAUUGAAGCAAACUAUAAUAUCAACCAUAGUUACGUGGAAAAGUGACAAACACGCACCAAAUCUAUGCUGGUUGCCAGACAUUUUGGUGAUGAAGAAUACUCAUGUAGUGCCGUUCCCACGCCUGUACCGGCCCCCGGAUGAGAUGGGCUAUUUCCGCUCUGAGACGAAGGCAGACCCGCGUCCAGGGUCCAUCCGAAGCCCGGUCAACGCACCAGGACUCGGCGUGUUUGGACGUCAGCUUUUGUAGGAGCCUUCGAGCGGCCUCGCCAAAUGGCAGCCACCCUCUCGAUCCUUUCCCUCGACGAGACCAUGAAACCACCCUUUCCCCUUCCCCUUCCCUCCUGAGAGAGCGGCCUCUCAUUUUCUGGGUUGGCCUAACCAGAUUCGGCUGCCGUUGCCCACUGCCAUCUCACUCUCUCUCAUGCAGAUCGCUCUCCGAUCGCCACCACCCCGUGCCGGACGCCGACCCAUCGCUCUUGCCUCCUCCUGGGUCCAACAUCUUCAGCUCCCCGUGCAAAACCACCCUUGGCUCCCAGAAAGAUGAAGCAGCUAGCCACCUUCGGAAACAUAGGAUAAGCUACCGAUAUUGUUAGAGAUAUAUAUAUAUAUAUAUAUCAACCUUAGGGAAAAAGAGGAAUAAAUAAACAAGAGCCAGUCCGUUGUUGAUUUGCUCGAGAUUCCAUAUAUAUAUCCGCGCGUAGUUUAAUUUGAAGAUGAACGACCUCUUCUCUACGAGCUCCUUCAAGAAGUACACGGACCUGAAGCAGCAGGUCCACCUGGACGAGAUGGAGUCCGGGACGAUGGGCGGAAUGGGGGAGGCCGGCAAGGAGAGCGUCAACCUGGACAAGUUCUUCGAGGACGUGGAGAACGUGAAGGAUGACCUGCGUGGGCUCGAGAAGCUGUACCGGCGGCUCCAGGAGGCGAACGAGGAGAGCAAGACGGUCCACAAUGCCAAGACCAUGAAGGAUCUCCGGGCGCGCAUGGAUGCCGACAUCGACCAGGUGCUCCGCCGCGCCAAGGCGGUGAAGGGGAAGCUGGAGGCGCUCGACCGGGCCAACGCCGCCCACCGGAAGCUCCCCGGGUGCGGGCCCGGCACGUCGGCGGACCGCACGCGCACAUCCGUCGUGAGCGGGCUCGGCAAGAAGCUCAAGGACCUGAUGGACGACUUCCAGGGUCUGCGGACGAGGAUCGCCGCCGAGUACAAGGAGACGGUGGGCCGGCGGUAUUACACGGUGACCGGGGAGCACGCCGACGAGCAGACGAUCGAGACGAUCAUCUCGUCGGGGGAGAGCGAGACGUUCCUCCAGAAGGCGAUCCAGGAGCAAGGGCGAGGGCAGAUCAUGGACGCCAUCUCGGAGAUCCAGGAGCGGCACGACGCCGUCAAGGAGAUCGAGAAGAGCCUGCUCGACCUGCACCAGGUCUUCCUGGACAUGGCGGCACUCGUCGAGGCGCAGGGCCACCAGCUCAACGAUAUCGAGAGCCACGUCGCGCAUGCAAACUCCUUCGUCAGGAGGGGGACGGUCGAGCUGGAGACGGCCAGGGACUACCAGAAGAGCUCCAGGAAGUGGUACUGCAUGGCCAUACUCCUCGGCGCGCUGCUCGUCGCACUCCUGCUGCUCCCCUUUCUAACAAAUGUCAUGAAUUUAAUAUAGCUUUUUUUUUCUCUCUCUUUUUGUGUGUGUGUGUGUGUGUGUGUGUGAGAGAACUGAGAAGAGGAGGGAAACCAGCAGUGGUACCUUCUUAUGGUGCUUGGCUGUUCAGAAGACUCGGUGCUUGUGAUCCCUGUGUACCCGACCGAAUUCGGAGUUCUCAAAAAAAAUUGGGAAUUUCACAGAAAAAA